GUCCUAAUUAGAAGGCCAUCACUAAUAAAAGGCCGACUUAAAAUCAAUCCCGUUUUAUUGUUUUGAGUGAAUUGUGUGCAGAACAAAGAGAAUUUAUUUACUUAACGUGCACGGAAAGUGUUUGGCAAUGUAGUGCGCAAUAGGUUAUACGAAAUGCGUCUGCGACGCCGGUGGCAUCGGCGGAUGCGGCGUACAAUUGAGAAAAUCUAUCGGCUUAAGAUGCAGUCGAGACGAAAACUGAUUUUCCUAGCAAUAUUUGGAGCACUCUGCGUUCUACUCUGGGUGGCAGGGCAGCAAAUGUUCAAUGCUUCAGAUGGCCAUGACAGUAGACAUUAUAGCGAAACUCACUGUGCGCCCAUAGAUGCCGUCUAUACCUGGGUAAAUGGAUCGGAUCCCGAUUUUAUAGAAUUGGUUCGAAGAUAUGAUGCCAACUACGAUCCAUCGAGAUUCGAUGACAAAAAUGAGCUGAAAUAUUCGCUGCGUUCGUUGGAGAAGCACGCAAGCUGGAUAAGGCAUGUGUACAUUGUGACCAAUGGCCAAAUACCCAGCUGGCUAGACUUGAACUAUGAAAAGGUCAGCGUGGUGCCUCACGAACUGCUCGCUCCAGAUCCCAAACAAUUGCCCACAUUCUCUAGUGCUGCCAUUGAGACGUUUAUACAUCGCAUACCAAAGUUGUCCAAGAGGUUUCUCUAUCUCAACGAUGAUAUCUUUUUGGGUGCUCCAUUGUAUCCGGAGGAUUUGUAUACGCAGGCGGAGGGCGUGCGCGUCUAUCAGGCCUGGAUGGUGCCCGACUGUGCCUUGGAUUGCCCCUGGACCUAUAUAGGCGACGGUGCGUGCGAUCGUCAUUGCAACAUCGAUGCGUGCCAAUAUGAUGGCGGUGAUUGCAGUGAGGGCGGCAUUGGCGCAGCUGCGGCUGGUCAACUGCAGCAGGAGCUGCACCAAGCAGCUGAAGCAGCUGCUCCCGUGGCCCAUCCGCCUGUGCAUAAGUUUCCCAAUAUGGGCUUGCAGCAGCUGUUCAAGCGCAGCUCGACCAACUUUAAGGAGCUGAUGAAGCAUCGCAAUGUGUCCACUUUGCUGGAGCUGCGUCGCAUUGUGGAGCGCUUUAAUAAGGAUAAGCUGAAGUCCCUCAAUCCCGAGUUCGAUGUGAGCAGCACCAGCUCCAGCAAUUUGCUGCACAAGGAGGACUUCAAGUCCUCCACAGACAUUUACUCGCACUCCCUGAUAGCCACCAAUAUGCUGCUCAAUCGUGUCUAUGGCUUCAAGGCGCGCCAUGUGCUGGCUCACGUGGGAUUCCUCAUCGAGCGUGACAUUGUCGAUGAUAUGCAUCAGCGCUUCCAGCAGCAGGUGCAGCAGACAGCCCAACAACGUUUCCGUACGGCAACGGAUUUGCAAUUCGCGUUCGCUUACUAUUCGUUCCUGAUGAGUGAGACGCGAACGCUGAGCGUCGAAGAAAUCUUCGAUGAGUUCGAUACGGAUGGCUCGGGCACCUGGUCGGAUCGUGAGGUGCGCACAUGCCUGACACGCAUCUAUCCGCCACCGUUGGAUUGGUCAGCGAUGCGUUACUUUGAGGAGGUGGUGCAGAAUUGCACGAGAAAUGUGGAGCAGGAUGUCAACAGCAAGAUUGUGCACUCCACAUUGGUCUAUGAGCGCUACGAGGAUUCCAAUUUGCCCACCAUCACCCGCGAGCUGGUCUAUCGCUGCCCAUUGCUGGCUGAGGCGCUGACCGCCAACUUUGGCGUGCGCCCCAAAUAUCGCUUUCACGUCAGUCCGAAGCGCGCCUCGCACAGCAAUUUUAUGAUGCUCACCUCGAAUCUGACGGAGGUCGUGGAGGCGCUCGAUCGCAUGCGUCGUAAUCCACGCAAGUUCAAUUGCAUCAAUGAUAAUCUGGACUUUAAACGUGGCGAGGACAAUGAGCUGGUGCGUCAUCUUCUCGAGGAUUUCUAUUUGUCCUUCUUUCCGCGUCGCAGCAAAUUUGAGCUGCCGCCACAAUUUCGCAACCGCUACGUCUCUUGGACGGAUUAUCAACGCUGGCGUCGACGUAAACGCGCCGUCCUCGUCGUUGGCUACGGAGUUAGCCUGCUUCUGGUCAUUUUUCUACUACGCUUGCUCUGCCAGCACAAGGCGAAGAUCGUGCGCCGUUGUGUGCAGCGACUGUAGAGUAUAUGUAUUUACUGAUAUUAAUAUCGGCCUUAAGGUUGUGUUCGUUUUGCUUUACAUUUCACUUAAUUUCGUGUUGUGAUAAGUUUUAAUUGAGAUUAUCGCCAUUUCCAUUCUAGUUAUAUAGAACAUUGAGCUCUGACUGUAUCUAAUUUAAGCGCAAUCAUGAGGCUAAUUUUAAGCGUGGCAAACUG